UUUUUUUCGUCAAUUUUCGUUGAAAAAAAAAUGUUUCCUAUUACGGUAAUUACCCAAUUGGGUGUAUUUUCGCUAUUUUUCGUCAUGGGAAAAUUUGUACGAAGCGAUGAGCUCUUCUCUCUUUCCCUUCAAUGGCCUCUUGAUCUCUGUAACAUCAACAGUGUUGAGGUAUCUAUAGCGUACACUUAGCAGCAUGCCUAUCCAGCAUUCUCUCACCAAGGUCCAGAAGACGAUACAGAAGUCCAAGGGUGCGAUGCACCCAAAGGGCCGUAAGUUCAAACAGCUCAACAGGGCUACGCUGCGAGAGCAGAAGAUACAGAGUAAGAAGCUGGAGCACGUUGAGCGCAAGGAGCACGAGAGGUUGAGGUUCGUGUUCCUACAGGAUGCUGUGAAAAACAGACCGGACCAGGAGACCUUCCAAUUGGAGGAUAUGAAGCUAUUUGUAGAGGCGUUCCUCUCGAGAGAUGACGAUGAGAUUGACAGGCUACAGAGCGAGAGACGUAAGGGACGUCCUCCGACGAAUAGACAGCUGCUGCUGGAGAAUAAGAAGAAGCACGAGUGGUCAGAGUACACCACCGGGUAUGAGAUCCCAGAUCUCAGCGAUAAACUCACAGUGGAGCUUCUCAGAGCGUGGAAUGGGACAGGUGGUAUGCUGAACAAGUUCAAGUAUAUCUUCUUAUCGAAGGACACUAAGGAGCUACCAAAGGAAGACAAGGAGAUGAAGGAGUAAUCCACUAUGUUAAUAGACGUCCAGAUCGCUUAUCCAAUGUAGAGGCCGAGGCCACACAACAUCGCUGUGGACCCUGCUAAGAUGUAGGCCAGUGUCUUGAACUGUUUCCUCUUCAAGAUCUGUGCUUCCUCGUUCUUGUCAAUGAACCUUUCAAACACCAGCACGUUCUUCGAGUGGUUAACAUUCUGAAGGCCAAUCAGCUUCCACUUGUC